CCGAUGGCCCUGGAUAAUCAUGGCGACCCUCAGAGCGUGUAUUUCGCAGUGGAGCCUCUUAACAGGUUCUCGGAGCACGGAGCGGGUCUGUUUCCGGGCCCGAAGUGGGCUCCAGCUCGGCGCUGAUCCAGCCCACUGCCCGGGCCCUGCGGUGCGGGCCUCCCAUGCCGUCGGCUUGCCUCUGAGGCGGAAUCUGGUAGCUCAGAGAACAAGAAACCUACAUUUACGGAUGAGGAAGUCCAAAACAUACUCAUCAAGAUGACAGGCUUGAAUUUGCAGAAGGUUUUUAAGCCAUCUGUACAAGAACUGAAGCCACCAACCUGUAAGCUAAUGACCCAGGCACAGUUGGAGGAGGCUACAAGAAAAGCAAUUGAGGCAGCUAAAAUACGAUUAAAAAUGCCACCGGUUCUGGAAGAACGAGCACCAAUAAAUGAUGUGUUAGCUGAAGAUAAGAUUUUGGAAGGAACAGAAACAGCCAGAUAUGUAUUUACUGAUAUAUCGUAUAGCAUACCACACCGGAAUUCCUGUGACUGGGUGAGACCUUCUGGAAGAUCCAGCCCAGCAAAAGGAAGAAGAGAAAUGCAGAUCAGCCCCACAUCAUCAUGUUACCAUUUCCCUACAGGCUAUGGGCACACUUUAUUCCAGACUGCAGAGAAAGAGACAGGUGUGCUGUAAGACAGAACUAGGAGUUUACAGACAAACCCACCCCCAAACCACAAAUAGGCAGAAAUCUUCAAGGCAUUGGGAGAAGGGGAUUCUGUCUGUCCAAGUUAGAGUAACUCCCUUAGCUGAAACAUUCUGAGAAAAUGGUUUCUUUCCUGUAAAUUCUUGAGGAUGCCAAAAAAAUCCAGACUUCCCAAAGGAUUUUCACUUUUCAGAAUUUGCAGCAAGAAUGACAGGUUUCUGCAGAUAAUUUUCAGACCCCACUUGCUGCUUCUGUUGUGGUUUUUAUUCUCUAGCUCCUCUUCCCUUGAUGGCCAGUUCCAAAAGAACACUCUGGUACUUGUAAACUGUAUCAGUUUUGUGUUUGAGUCAAGAGUGAAACAAGCGAUUUACAAUUCAGCUUACAGAAUGCAGAAUACUAUAUAAACCGUGGUUGGGAGAAGGGCCACCCCACGUUAAUCUUUUUAUCAUCUAUGAUUAUGGUCAGAAGACAUGAUUUGAACAAUGUUCAUGUCUGUGUAUCAACCGCCUAUACAUCUGACAUGAUAAACAGGGAUCACAGAGGUUCAUUUUAAUUUAAUUUUUUGCUCUGGGGUGCUUUCCUCUACGUUUGCAGUGCUUUGGAGGGUGUUUAUGGGAGCAUUUUAUAACCUGGAAAGAAGAAAGGAACUUAGAAUUCAAAUUGCCACAGUCCUUUUGAGGAAUAAUUGUGUUAUUUAGACAUCUGUUAUUUUUUUCUAUUUGCAGUACUUAAUGAAAGUUUUAAUUAUAUUAUCCUCAGAACACAUUCAGAGACUCUUACACCUCUGAAAAGUAGAAAGUUAGUACCAUCUGGUUAAUUUAAACAUUAAUCAAAUGUGUAUCAAUUACCUGCUAUGUGCAAAAUUCUGUGUAAGUCACUGGGUAUGGCAAAGAAUUAUAAUCCACAGUUCCUGCCCCUUUUCAGCUCUCUGACAGUAUCUGAGCAGUGUCAAGAAUCUUGCACAUGAUAAAUUGCCAGUUGAAUGGCACAAACCAUAGGUGGAAUUCAGAGGAAGUGAUCUCAUGGCCUACGAUUUGGUAGUUGGAAGAGUGAAGAGCCCAGAGGCAGGUGGACAGUCUCUGACCCAUUUAUGUCUCAUGCCAGUUUGAGGAAUUAGUGGUGCAGAAUUAAUACUUCACAUUCCUGGGUUUGUUCCUUUUAUCCCAGGGACUUUAGAAGUAGAUCACAAAGUAGUAAAGUCUGUUUCAGUGAGACUUUGGGAUAGGGAAGUGAAGCAGUUUGAAAGGUCUCAUAGCACUUCUUUCCUCUGAAAUGGAUUUGGAUGAAUUUCUGAGCAGCUUUUAGUUGAACCAUUUUAUGUAUUAAACCCACUUUAGGACCGUAGUUGGCACUUAGUA